AUGCGGAAUUUCCAGGGUCCUAGGACAGGGGAAUUAUUUUAUGAGUCAUUUGAAGCAGCGCCUUUGUCUACAGCAGUGCUGACCUACUUAAGCUUUCUUAUUCUUAAUGUUUUGGGACGACUUCAAGAUUUUUUGAGAUUUCUUCAUAUUUUAAAAAAUCACUCAGUGACGGAGCCAGAACGCACCAGAUCUUUUGUUCCAUUGUAUUCUUCAUAUGAGGCCUUUUAUACCCGAAAUUUGUAUCGUCGAGUCCAAGAUUGUUGGAAUAGACCUAUUUGUUCUGCUCCAGGGAGUGAAAUGUUGGUCAUGAAUCGCAAGUCACCGGACUGUGGAUGGACGUUGAAUUUCACAGGAACAAAAUCAAAAGUGCUCAACCUAGGAUCAUACAAUUAUUUAGGAUUCGGUGAUCCUGUUGGUCCAUGUACUGAAGCUACGGAAAAAAUGACUCAGAAAUUUGGUGUUGGUAUAGCAAGUCCUAGGCAAGAGGCUGGAAGUUUGAUACUACACAAAGAACUGGAAGAUUUGGUUGCUGAAUUUGUUGGUCAAGAGGCAGCUAUAGUUUUUAGCAUGGGAUUUGCAACAAAUUCCCUCAAUAUUCCUUGUCUUGUCGAUAAAGAAUGCUGUGUAAUUAGUGACGAGUUGAACCAUACAAGUCUUGUUCUUGGUUGUCGUUUGACUGGAGCGACAGUUCAUCGUUUCAAGCACAAUGAUAUGGAAGAUUUGGAAAGAAUUCUACAAGAUUCUGUUGUUUAUGGGCGGCCACGUACACAUCGUCCAUAUAAAAAAAUCCUGGUUGUAGUUGAAGGUAUUUACAGUAUGGAAGGAAGUAUUCUGCAUCUUCCCGAAGUGAUUGCCCUAAAGAAAAAGUACAAAGCUUAUUUGUACUUGGAUGAAGCACACAGUAUUGGUGCGCUGGGUCAAAUGGGUCGUGGUGUAGCUGAUUAUUUCGGUGUUGACCCACAUGAUAUUGACAUUGCUAUGGGUACAUUCACAAAAAGUUUUGGUUCAUGUGGUGGUUAUUUAGCUGGAAAUCGAAAGUUAAUUGACUAUCUACGUUCAACAUCGCAUAGUGCUGCUUAUGGCGGUAGUAUGCCAGCACCAAUCGCUCAACAGAUUAUAUCAGCAAUGCGAAUUAUUAUGGGAAAAGAUGUUCCUGGUGAAGGUGAACGAAGAUUGAAAUGCUUGGCUCAGAAUACUCGUUAUUUUCGUGCACGACUACAUGAGAUGCGUUUAAUUGUUUAUGGGAAUCGUGAUAGUCCAGUUGUGCCAGUAAUAAUUUGUAUGCCAGCUAAACUAGCUGCUUUUUCAAGGAGAUGUUUAGAAUUGGGAUUAGGUACAGUAGUUGUUGGUUUUCCGGCUACUACUCUACUUUUAUCCAGAGUAAGAUUUUGCAUUUCAUCAUCGCAUACACGAGAGUUAUUAGAUAAAGCGUUGAGUAUAAUUGAUCAAGUUGCUGAAGAAUUAAGUCUACGCUAUAGUACACAGCCAAUUCCACAGUGGGCUGAAGAAAUUCUUUAUGAGAAUAAAACUCGUGCUUAUGCAAAGAUACCAAUGAAAAAUGCGGAAUUAAUACACACUUUUAAUGAUGUCUAUAUAUUUGGAAUCUGUCUUGACCAGCAGUUAUGUACAUUACUUUGUUUUGAUAAGCAUGCUCUAGGAAUCCUUCUUAUAUAA